AUGGCGCGCUCUUCAAGUAUUGACUUAGACUCGCCCGAUCGGCCAUUUGACAAUAUCAUCAACUUUCGCGAUGUUGGCCGAACAAUCAACCAAUACUGCGGUACACAGAUUUUGAAAGAAGGCGUGCUCUUUCGCAGUGCUAGGCCGGAUGAUGCGUCAGAACGAGAUAAGCGCCGCAUGGCAGACGAGUUCCACAUUGCAACAGUCAUUGAUCUACGAUCAACAACGGAACAUCAAAUGGCGACCCGAAAACGACGUGCAGAAAAUGCGAAUUCAGGCGAAAGUUCCGCGGAUAUUGACUUGACUGGAACACCAGUGCCUGUCAAUGCAGAUGAGCAUUUAUUGCAGAUUCCAGACUCUCAACGUUGCUUGAUCAGUUUGACAGGCAAGGGCUUAGAGCGCACAUUAUUGUGGAAGCUAGACUGGACGAAUUAUAUGUAUGUUACCCAUUCCAAUCCACCCAAAGAAUCACCCCCAAAGGCUUAUCAGUUGCAAUCAUCUAGAAAAGCAAUCACUAUGGCAGCAACGGGUUACCGCAAUGACGCGAUUCGUCUGGUUGGAGAGCAAGUCAUGCAACAACGUGGAUUAACAGGUCUUGCGCAAGACACACUCGACGCCAGUAAGACAGAAUUACGAUCAAUUUUCGAGCUCCUGGGUCAAGACGACACAUACCCCGUUCUGGUACAUUGCACACAGGGCAAGGAUCGGACGGGUCUGAUCAUCUUAAUGAUGAUGCUGCUGGCAGGCGAGACUGUGUCCACUGCUGCUGUCAUCGACGACUAUACCCGGUCCGAGUUAGAGCUUGUCCCGGAAUUUGAGGAGCGCAUGCGCGAAAUUCGGGCGUUGGGUCUUGGUGAAGAAUAUACACGUUGUCCGCCCGAUUUUGUGGAUGCGACAACAGAUUAUCUCCAAAAAUACGGUGGCGUUCAAGGUUAUUUGAAUGGAAUUGGGAUUAAUGCACAAAUGCAGGAACAUAUACGCCAAAAAAUUCUCGCUUAA